AUGCUAUAUACAACGACGGAUGCAGCGCAAAGGGAAGGCAUGGGCACUGUCCAGACAGAGCAUGGCUCGGUCCCUAUCCUCGAACCUGGUGUUCUCAUUCUCACCAAGAUGAAGCGUGCCACACAGUACAUCGGAAGCACACGCCCUCAGUCUAUGCUUAAAUAUAGCAGCGACCUCCAGGACAUCUUUCUCCUGCUUGCGUGGCUCCGAGAUAACAGUAGGAAGAUCGACUUUGUCGCUUACGAUGCAGCCUCACCUGAAAGGUUUUACGACGCUGUCCGAAGCAUGAGAGAUCACUGGGCCCGCUUGGGACAAGGCAAUAACGUCGAGAUGCUGGAUAGCGCCCUAAAUCCGAGUGACAAGACAAAGCUUGAAUGA